GAAAGGAGAAUAUUGUUGAAUUGGGUGAUGCUGGGAAUGCGGGAUAUGUGCUGACUGGCAGGCGUCGGCAAAAUGGGUUCAGAGGGAAGUUCCGUUGUUUUUUUCCUUAAAAAGGAAAUGCUCUGUAAGCAGUGUUUUAAAAUCUACAUCAAUCUAGGCAGGGUUGUGAGCUUACCGUUGUACCACAGUAAGGAGGUUUUGGUAAGGUUGCUGGUCCCUUGCCGCUGCCAAACCUGGCGAAUGAUUAACCAGAGAAUGGAUCAGAGAAGGGCACGAUAGCUUCUCCCCAAGAGUGAAAUUAAAACUCCUCUUUUAUGGAAUAAAAUCCAGGAUAUAAAAGUAAGGUUCAAACCGAAAGUCACAAGGAGUAUCUAGGCUUUAUCAAAUACUCUGGAGAGGCAUGGACUAAGUCCUUUCCGGCAGACGUACUGUAUUCAAAUGAUUUAUAUUUCUCAUUAGCACAUAAAAGACCACCUAAGCAAAAAUGGCAUAAAAUUUCUUCUUUUAUUACCUUUCUUAAGAGCUGUGCCCAAAUACAUAUAUUCUGGAAAACAAAUAGAUUACUAUAGCUUUUCCAAGUUGGUAGGAAACCACGUUUCCCGAAAGCCUGUGCAGAUUCUUAAUCAUUUUGGGAUUAUCUACAAUGUCCAAAAUACUCUUUUACUGGUAAACACUUAACAUCGUUUUGUGUUCAAGGUAAUAAGAAUUUUAAAAAGGGAACAACUCAGUUAUUUUAAGGGCUGUAUUCUAUUAGAGGCAAAACAGAUAUGAAACAUUAUAUAAUCAUAAGAAAUGUAAAUCUCAACUUGAGAUAUUUGAUGAUGUCCAAAGAAAACCUGUAUUUGGCAUGGAAAGGGCUGGUGAGUGCUUGAAACAUUUGCCCCUUAGCUGCCUGUUGCCAUGUGGGCAUGUGGGUCCCUCAUAUGCAGAUUGUACACAGGGCUCCCUAAGACCAGUUUGGAUUUGAACUUGAGUGUUAGCAAUGGGAAUGAAUGAAAAUGUUUAACAAUGAUGAAAUUUAGAAAAAUAGAGAUUUUCCAAACAGAUUUAGAAUCCUAAAAGUGGAAAUGGGGAGAUCUGAGUCUUAACUGGAAAAGUGAUAAAAGGUAAAGUGGACAGAGAACCAUAGGAUAUUCCCUGCAUGAGUUCGGGAGUCACAAAUCACAUUGAGCGAAAAAGCAACCUGUGUUUUCUGCAGUUACAAACAAAAUGAAUAUUCCCAUGCUACUGCAACAUUCUCACCGGCGUUUCCUAAAAGGCCUUUUAAGAACACCUUUCCAUCGCUACCACUUCAUCUUUCACUCAAGUACUCAUCUCGGAUCAGGAAUCCCUUGUGCUCGGCCAUUUAAUUCUCUUGGACUCCAUUGUACAAAAUGGAUGUUGUUGUCAAAUGGUUUAAAGAGAAAAUUAUGUGUACAAACAACCUUAAAGGAACACACAGAAGAACUUUCUGAUAAAGAACAAAGAUUUGUGGAUAAACUUUAUACCGGUUUAAUCCAAGGGCACAGGGCCUGCUUAGCAGAGGCCAUAACUCUUAUAGAAUCAACACACAAGAGGAAAAAAGAGUUAGCCCAGGUGCUUCUUCAGAAAGUAUUAGUCUACCACAGAGAACAAGAACAAAUAAAUAAAGGAAAACCACUAGCAUUUCGAGUGGGAUUGUCUGGGCCCCCUGGUGCUGGAAAAUCAACCUUUAUAGAGUAUUUUGGAAAAAUGCUUACUGAGAGAGGGCACAAAUUAUCUGUGCUAGCUGUGGACCCUUCUUCUUGUACUAGUGGUGGAUCACUCUUAGGUGAUAAAACCCGAAUGACUGAGUUAUCAAGAGAUAUGAAUGCAUAUAUCAGGCCAUCUCCUACCAGCGGUACUUUAGGAGGUGUGACAAGGACCACAAAUGAAGCUAUUCUGUUGUGUGAAGGAGGGGGAUAUGACAUCAUUCUUAUUGAAACCGUAGGUGUGGGCCAGUCGGAGUUUGCCGUUGCGGAUAUGGUUGACAUGUUUGUUUUACUACUGCCACCAGCAGGAGGAGAUGAAUUGCAGGGUAUCAAAAGAGGUAUAAUUGAGAUGGCAGACCUGGUAGCUAUAACGAAAUCUGAUGGAGACUUGAUUGUGCCGGCUCGAAGGAUACAGGCUGAGUAUGUGAGUGCACUGAAGUUACUCCGCAAACGCUCAGAAGUCUGGAGACCAAAGGUAAUUCGUAUCUCCGCCAGAAGCGGAGAGGGCAUCACUGAAAUGUGGGAUAAGAUGAGAGAGUUCCAGGACCUCAUGCUCGCCAGUGGGGAGCUGAUGGCCAAGCGGCAGAGGCAGCAGAAAGUUUGGAUGUGGAAUCUCAUUCAGGAAAGCGUGUUAGAACAUUUCAGGACCCAUCCCACCGUCCAGGAACAGAUUCCUGUUCUGGAAAAAAAGGUUCUCAGUGGGGCCCUGUCCCCAGGACUAGCAGCAGAUGUGUUGUUGAAAACUUUUAAAAGCGGAGGCUAAGGAAAUUUAUCCUAUGCAAUGAUUUUAUAUAUCAUUUCAUAAAGUAUUUUAAUAUUAAAAGUCACUUGAAUGCUUA